AUGAAGUCGGCCAGCAUCGUGGGGGUUGACGUCGAUGUGAUGCGGGCAGCAGACCACAGCAUGAGGUCUGGGGACAAUCUGCUGCCCCAACUCCGGAGUGUGGAGGAGUGUUUGACCAAUGUUCUGGGCCACCCUCUUGACUCCCACGCCCACACACAUGCCCCUGAUGAUUCCUACGCCCACAAUAACACAGCAAAGUUCCUGUCCCCUUCCUUUGAGGCUCGCACCUACCCCGGCCAGGAGCGAGGUCAGAGCAGAGCUCAGGUGCACUCCUACGUUAAGAGCAGCCUCGUCAACAGUCCUUGUAACCACGACAACCCAGGAAGCAACCAGCACACACUCUACAACCACCAGAAGAGCCACCAACACAACCAACAGCAGCAGCAAAUAGAGAUUAUGAAGGAGAGUGGUAAGAGCCCCCACCGAUGGAGCAGGAGUGUAGAGAAUCUACCUCAAGAACUACAGCAGCAGCAGCAGCAGCAGCAGCAGCAGCAGCAGCAGCAGCAGCAGCAGCAGCAGCAGCAGCAGCAGCAGUUCCAGUGUCGUUGUUCCUGUGAUCACUCCAGCUACGGUGACUUACCCACACCGUCAGUGCCCCGCUUCGCUGCCGUCGCCAACGGCUCCUCUUCGUCCUCCAGGAAUAGCAGCAGCGACAGCCAUGACCACCUGCCCAAAGACGUCCCCGAACUCAGGAACAAGCAGAGAGGUAAAUUUCUGAGAAGUCCCUGA